UGAACGGCCGUUACUGCGAACGGCUGGCUUUUAGAGCCAAAUUAGCGGCCUAUGCGACCAGUAUCUGUGGUCCAAGGGGCCGGGUCUGACCCACGGCGAGCGAUGACAAGAACAGCAGAGACAAGGGAACGAAAGACGCGAAUAGUGAAAGAGGCAUGUAGCACAAUAAAAAGACAAUAGUACAAUGAAAACCGGCCGGGCGGGUCGGAGGUCAAUCCGCGUCCCGUCAUCUCUAAAUGUCCCCAAUAGACGUGCCAUGACUGGUCAAUGGGUCUAUUUCCGGGUGGAGCUCGACUUUGAUUCUGCGAGUGUACGGCCUUCAGAAAGAAGAUCGUCGUCUGACCACCCCCAGGAAGUCAAUGCCCCUGCGGUGUAUGGUUGCAGGUUUGCAGAGAAAAAGAGGACCGGUGGAUGGGAUGCACAAGGCGGCCAGGCAGACUGUGAGAGAACAAGGAAGGCCACCUAACUAAAACUGCUCUACUCGGGGAAAUGGUAUCAUCAUCAUCAUCAUCACCAUCAGACGAUCGUGAGCAAUUUCGUGCAACCAAGGGACUGUCCGAUACCGUGCAGAACCACAAAUCAUAAUUGGGGUCGAACUGCAAUCAAUCAUUGGAUGUUCUCCAGCUAGACCGGCGGCCGUCAUCCCCCGGUCGCCUCCACCAUCCAAGCUCCCGACAACCAAUCGAAGGCGCGUGCAACGCAUACUGAGCAGGACACUAACUCAAUUAAGUCCAUAUUAAACCCAAGCAUUCCCGGCCGCCCCGACCUCUCAUGACGGGUGAGGUCGAGCCCCGAUUCGCACACCUCUGCCAGGCUAGUCCUGCCUGCUUGCAGUAGUCUCCUGCGCACUGCAUUUCCUCGGUUCUUAUUCCAGUCAGCCGUGCCGCAGUGCAUUUUGUCCCCAAACUCUAAUAGGCACUUGUAGGCUUCUGUCCAUACACCCCGACCCUGUUGU